AACCCUGGGAACUAGAAUAGUUAACGGUUCUAACCUACGAGCGUGUUGAGAGACGCUCAGAAAGAUGCAGGAGAGAGCAAAACUGGAGAGAUGAGAUGUAUAAGUGUCAUGGCGAGACAGUGAACUAUUUUCUCGUGGUUUAGUGUUCGACAGUGCUUAUAGAAGUGCAAACUCGCCAGUGCUCUGCAAUGUCAUCUAUUGUUUGGGUGCCGGACGGGAAAAGGGAAAUUAUUCAUAACCGUUAACGUGAGCUUCAACACGCUUUCUUUGUUAUACGUGCUUAGCUAAACAUUGUCUAUUUACUCUCCAAGGACAACGCUCCACGGUAGCUUACUUGCGAAUAAGUUUUAGAUCUGAGGGGACUUACCUUGCACCGGAACAGACGGUUAAUGUUGGGAGAUGGAGAUAUCAUGGAGAGCUCGUGCCCUGUUGACGUUGGUAUGGAUAGUCCAAGGUGACUCACAGCGGGUGGAGAUCCCCAGGAGAGACAUGGAGGUGGUGAAGGGCCAGAUGGCUGUGUUGCAGGCCUGGUACAGCCCCAACUCUGACAUCCAUAAGAACACAGUCAUCUGGAACUUCAUGGCGAACGAGUCCAAACAAAUCAUCUCCUACACCCCAAACUUUAUCAACGACGGAAGCCCAGAGUUCAGGAAGCGUGUGGGCUUCAGUGUGUCCAUGCCCUCCGCUAACCUCUCUAUCUUCAUCAACAACACCCUGGAGUCGGAUUCAGGGCGCUACUUCUGUAACGUCAUCAUCCCUGGUUCUCCAGGCCUCACCGGGGAACUGCGCCUUAAUGUCAAAGUCCCUCCCUCGCCUCCAGAGUGCACCCUGACAGGAAUCCCUGUGCUGAACGGAAACGUGACUCUAAGCUGUAAGUCCAGCUCAGGCAAACCUGUGCCUCAGUACAAGUGGACCAAGGCAGCCCCAGUGUCCGAGGUCUACUUUUCCCCGAUGCAGAAAUGGAAGUCCUGCCCCCAGCCCUUGAUUGUUCUUGGGUUCAUGGAUGAGAGACAAGGCACCCUGAGGCUGAGCAAUCUGACGAAAGGCAUGUCAGGGAAGUAUGUGUGUCGAGCCAGCAACACCGCCGGAGCAGACAGCUGCUCCAUCAACCUUGAGGUCUUUACCUCUUCCAACACCGGGGUGAUCGCAGCCACCGCCUUGGGGUCCAUAGUUGGUCUGGUAGCCAUUGUGCUCUUCCUCAUCUUCAUAUUGAGAAGGAGGGGAGACACAGAAGAGGAGAUUGCCAAUGAAAUUAAGGAGGAUGCUCCAGCACCCAAGCGCGUAUCCUGGGCAAAGAGUGGGACAGGAUCAGAUAACAUCUCCAAGAAUGGCACACUGUCUUCCGUAGCAACGAGUCCCCAACCACGAGACCAGCCCAGUUUUCACUACCCAUACCCCUCCGCGCCUGCCUCGGACACAGGCUCCUUACUCAAUGCCUACCGGCUGAGGCCUGGCGAGCCCAACCCCUUACAGGGCCUCCCGGGUUACAACAUCGGUGGCACCCCUCCACACAGGAACCACAGGAGCCUCCGGCCACCCAGCACUAAUGGAGUCCCUCUCCAUGCCCCCCACAGCCCCAAGCUCAACACCCCCAGCAGGACCGAGGGGGCCCAGCCCCAGGUGCCACACCCUCUCACGAUGCUGGCCAGCAUCAGCUCCUCCACCCUGACACGCAUGGGGGCAGUGCCCAUCAUGGUUCCAGCUCAGAGCCAGGCUGGGUCCCUGGUGUAGCUGACGUUACAUUACAUUUCCAUUUAGUCAUUUAGCAGACGCUCUUAUCCAGAG